GCGAGAAUAAUUAAUAUUAAUUAUUAUAAAGAUAUUUAUAAUAAAACAUAAUUAAUAUUACAAGUUAAAAUAAUGUCUAUGAGUUCUGUUGUACCAUGCAAAGCAAGCAUAGGUUGGAAUUUAUUGAAUGGUGUAUUUGUUAUAUAUAAACCAGCAUUAUUACAUUUUUUAAGUGUACGAGAAACUCUAAUAAAAAAUAUAUGUAAAGACUUAAAUGAAAUGAUUGUUAGGCCGCCUACUGAUUACGUUGUAAUUGAAGGAAAUACAAAUGAAACUAUGAGUGUUACUGUUCGUCCUAAUUAUGGAGACGAUCCAUUAAUUGUAGGACCACGUUAUCAAGAAAGAGAUAUUACACUUACUGUUGCUAAUAUUUUAAAGCCAGAUAGUUGUGGUGUUUUAGUAUGCGGUAUCAACAAAGGUAAUUCGUUGAUUCACAAAAUUAGAGCCUCUAAACCAGCACGGUUUUACAGACUCAAAGGUAUCUUAGGACAGGCAACUGAUAAUCAAUUUAAAACCGGUAAAAUAGUUGAAAAAUCUACAUACAAACAUGUACAAAGAUUUCACAUUGAUAGAAUAUGUGCCUCGAUGCAAUCUUCUCAUCAAAGAAAAAUGUUCGAAUUAUGUGGAGUCGAUAUCCAAAGUCAAGAAGCAUAUGAAUUAGCAGUACAAGGUUUGAUUAGGCCAGCUGAUUCUAGUAUUCCUGUAUUAUAUGAAAUAAAAUGUAUAGAUUUCCAACCACCAGAAUUUACGCUUGAAAUUGUCUGUAUCAAUGAGUACGAACAAUAUUUAAAGACGUUAGUUCAUGAUCUGGGUAUGGAAGUUCGUUCUACAGCUACUUGUACACAAGUACAAUGUUUCAAAUAUGGAUUAUUUGAUCUACAACAUGCACUGUUAUCUAAAAAGUGGGAUAUGUAUUCUAUUUUAGAUAAUAUGAGAGUAUGUAGAAAAAUAUUAAAAGAAAAUGAUUAUUUGAUAGAACAAACUAGUCCCACUUUGAUAGAAAAUAAUGAAUAAAUUUUGUUUAAAUAAAUACACGUGUAUAUAUUCUGUAUAUAUAACUAUUUAUGUCAAUAAUUUUGCCUCAUUGAAAAAACUAGUUUUCAUUCGAUCACUAAAGUUAAACGACAUAAGCAUAGUUAGAACAUGGAUCAAUUACCAUUUUGCAAUACCAUGCAGUGUUGACUUCAGAGAGUAGCAUCAAUGUUGUGGUGGAAUGAUGUUGAUAUAAAAAAAAUUCUUUAUAUAUAAUAAACAUCAUCGAUUAUAUUUUUUAAUACUUAAUAGGCUUCUACACUUCUUCUAUCGGAAAAUCAUAAUUCACAUAUUUUUUAAUUACUUUUCUUAUUCAAAGAUCCCC